AUGUCUCUCGUCCAGUUUGAGGAGCAACACCAGCCCGAAGUUAAAGAGCCCUCACGCGCUAGAGCCGGGCCUCACGCGCGAGCGACGGGCUCCGUGGCCGUCCUUUACUUCUCCGGCCGGCGGGAACAACUGCUCCUGCGUCCGGGGGUCGUGGCCGAGUUGCCCAGAGGAGAAUUCACGGUCGAAGCCUGGGUGAAACCUGAGGGCGGUCAGAGCAACCCGGCCAUCAUCGCAGGUGUAUUUGACAAUUGUUCCCACAUUUCCAGUGACAGAGGAUGGACUCUGGGAAUCCAUUCGCAAGAGAAUCCUGGGAAGAAGAAUGCUCGCUUUUUCUUCUCACUCCGAACAGACCGCAUCAGGAGAGCUUCUACCAUAUUGGCGCAUCACCAUUACCAGAGCAACACAUGGACUCAUUUGGCUGCCACUUAUGAUGGGCAGCAAAUGCUGCUGUACUUGAAUGGGGAGCGGGUAGCUCGUAGUUCCCAGCAACUGGGUGACCUUCACAGUCACUUCAUGGCUUCUUGUCGCACUUUGGUUCUGGGAGGUGACAACUUGAAUGGGCACAAUUUUCGUGGCCACCUAGCAUUGUUAACCCUUUGGAGUAUUGCUCUGCCCCAGGAGAAACUCCAGAGGGCCUUCUUGAGAAAAGCUGAAGACAAAGAAGCUACACCAUUGUUCAAGGCAAGGUUCAGUCACUUAGAACAUCAGUGGGUGACAUUCAAGGAUGGAGCCUACCCUCUUGUGGAGUCCAUUUAUCCACCAGAACCUCCCAUUUUGUCACCCCUCAUGCCCCCAUUUUGUGGACAGACAGUCUGUGACAACGUGGAGUUAAUCUUCCAUUACAACAACCACUGGCCACUGCGGAAUGAGAAAGUUGUCCGCUACCGUGUCAUCAACAUCUAUGAUGAUGAUGGUCUCCAUCCUGUGGUCAGCCAAGAGCAGAUUGCCCACCAGCACCAAAUGCUGAGUCAAGCCUUUGGCCACUACAAUAUCACAUGGCAACUGAAUGUUUACAACAUAUACAGUUCCUUACUCCGCUACCGUGUGGUCCUGAUGAACUGUGAACCUGGCAAGAUUGGCAAUGAGUUUUGUAACCCAGAGUGCAAGCACCCACUGACUGGGUAUGAUGGGGGUGACUGCCGUCGAGUGGGGCGCUGUUAUCCCUGGGAGCGCCGAGAUGGUGUUUGCAAUAUGGAAUGUAACAAUAUGCUCCACAAUUUUGAUGACGGAGACUGUUGCAACCCUGAAGUGACCAAUGUAAGGAAGACGUGCUUUGAUCCAGAUUCACCACAACGGGCAUACAUGAGUGUAAAGGAGCUGAAGGAGGCACUCCAGCUGAACAGCACUCAAUUCCUCAAUGUUUAUUUUGCCAGCUCUGUCCAAGAGGAGCUGGCAGGCGCUGGCACCUGGCCCUGGGAUAAGGAUGCCCUCAGCCAUCUGGGUGGAGUAGUCCUCAAUCCAGUUUACUAUGGUAUGCCGGGUCAUACAAAUACUAUGAUCCAUGAAGUUGGACAUGUCCUGGGACUCUACCAUGUCUUUAAAGGGGUGGAUGAAAAGGAUUCUUGUGAUGACCCAUGCAGGGAGACAACACCAUCCAUGGAGACUGGAGAUCUAUGUGCUGACACUGCACCUGCUCCCAAAAGCAAGCUCUGCCGGGAUCCAGAUCCUAAUAACGACACCUGUGGCCAAACCCACUUCUUUGGAACUCCUUUCAACAACUACAUGAGCUACACAGAUGAUAACUGCACAGACAGUUUCACACCAAACCAAGUGGCUCGGAUGCAUUGUUACCUGGAUCUGGUGUACCAGCAGUGGACUCAAGGCAGAAAGCUCACCCCUAUCCCUAUGCCACCCAUGGUUAUUGGCCAGAGCAAGGAUACUCUUUCCAUAUAUUGGCUGCCUCCCAUUAGUGGGGUGCUCUAUGAAAGAGCCCCAGGGAGUCUCUGUGGAAAUUGUGCUGGAGAUGGGACAUUCAGCCAGUAUGCGUAUGAGGCCUCAUCGCCUCUAAUCUGUGAUUCUUCUGGCUACUGGACUCCAAAGGAAGCAACAGGGCCUCCAGAUGUUCGUCAGUCCUGUGAGACCAGCUUGCAGGCCUGGAGCCCUGAAUUUAAUCUGUUCAACAUGAGCAUGACCACUCCUUGCCUUCAGCCACUUGGUUGUAUUUUGGAGUUGCGCUUUUUGCAUCCAGUAUAUCCAGACUCUUUAGUGGUGUGGACUACCAAUUUCUCAACAGAUUCCAAGGCUUUGUCAGAUAUUGAGAUCCUAACAGAGCAUGGGGGUUCUGUACACCUGGGACCCAUGGACACAUCCUGUGAUGUGCCCCUUACAAUCAAACUGAACCUGAACAAGAAGGUGUCUGGCAUAAAGCUCUAUACUUUUGAUGAGAAAAUGGAGAUAGAUGCUGCACAGCUGAUUUCCACACCUCUGUGCCCACUUUGUUCCAGUUGCAAACCUGUGAGGUACAGAGUUCUCCGGCAUCCCCCAUUUUUGAAUGGAUCCCCAGCAAUGGUGAUGCAACCAGGACAAAGGUUUAUUGACAAGGACGUCACAUUAGGCCAGCUGUAUCGAUAUCAGGUGCAGGCUGGGGCAGGAGCCACCAUGAGUGAAGCCUCUCCACCUCUGUUCCACAUCCACGGUUCUCCCUAUUGUGGGGAUGGGAAAAUAAACAUGGUUCUUGCAGAAGAGUGCGAUGAUGGAGAUCUGAGAGAUGGGGAUGGUUGCUCUAGAACCUGUAAAACUGAAAAAGGAUUCCACUGUGUAGGUGAACCUAGCCUGUGCUACAUCCAUGAUGGUGAUGGCAUUUGUGAGCCCUUUGAGAAAAGCAGCAGCAUUGUUGACUGUGGCCUCUACACUCCUAAAGACUAUAUAGAUCAGUGGGCAUCAGAGGCCUACGCCUCCCACCAGGAUGAGAAAGCAUGCCCAGUUUCCUUGGUGACUGGAGAACCUUUUGUGAGGGUAUGUAGGCCUCGUCCUGAAGGCACAAUGGAGUCUCAGCCUCAAAUGGCUUGGUUCCCUUGUAUGAAUGAUGAUGUUCUUCAAGACACAGACAGGGAGAAAAUGUUAUUGGAUGACAGAGUUUGGCUCAAAGUGUGCUUCAACAGGCCCAGCACAGCUACUUCACUCUUUGUUUUCCUGGCAUCUGUUGGCUCUUCCACAAAUGACCAGCCCAAGCCUACUAUGACAGUCCACCUGGGUGAUGUAAGUGGCCAUAGCUACUUCCUUGCAACAUAUGAGCUGUCAUGUCAACAGAAUCCACUGAUCAUCAACAUAACAGAAAACAUCGCUUUCCACCAAAUCACCUCUGCCUCAUUUAAUUUCUCCUCCAUCUCUGUGGGCAUUUCUGCGGUGGCUUUGCGAACACAUUUGCCAUUAGACUCUUCCAGUCCAAGCAACUGCCUCCCAGAAUAUGAAGGACAUGGCUGCCAAAGGCAAAGCUGCAUCCAGAGUAGUUGUGAAGAGCAUGUUACCUGUGUGCUGCCACUUAUCCCUCAUGCUGAUGCCACCAAUUGCAGUGACAGCCACCAAGGCCGCAUGGAAUGUGAAAUUACUUGUGAAAAAGGUUAUGUCCUCCAUGACAGCCAUGGGCAAUUGCUGCAACCUGGACAGAAGAAGAUCGUGUUGACCUGCAACUCUGGACUGUGGAACAGAUUUGUGACUUGUGACCCCAUUGACUGCCAGUUUCCAGACCAGUCACAUGUGCUUCAUGCAGACUUUGCGUGCCCAAAAGGGACCACCUACUUGAAUCAAUGCUUCUUCUCCUGCAUGAAGCCAGCAAAGCUUCAAGGAAAGAAUCAGUGGCUGAUGUGCCUUGAGGAUGGACUGUGGUCACUCCCAGAAGCUUACUGCAAGCUGGAGUGUGACACUCCACAUCCAGUUGUCAAUGCAAAGCUGUUGGUCCCCCAUUGCUUGCAAGGGAAUCAUGACGUGGGCUCUGUCUGCACCUAUGAAUGUAAACCUGGGUACCAUGUAGCAGACACCACAGAAGGAAAGCCCAGGAAUAAGCUGUUAAGCAUUCAAUGUCUUGAAAGUGGCUUCUGGGAAGAAGGCAGCUGUGUUCCUGUGGUGUGUAAGCCACCCCCACCAGUGUUUGAGGGAAUGUACAAUUGCACCAAUGGAUUUGAGUUUGACAGCCAGUGUGUUCUUAGUUGCGGCCCACAGAAUAAGAAGUUCCCUGUACUUUGCACUAAAGAUGGUUUGUGGUCAGAGGAGUUUAAAUUGUGUGAAGAACUGCAAGGGGAAUGUUUACCACCCCAAGAACAUAACUCAGUGGAGUACAAGUGUGAGCAAGGUUAUGGAAUUGGUGCCACAUGCAUACCCUCUUGUCUAAUUCUUCCAAGAGAUCCUGUGACACUGCCUGAAAAUGUCACUGCUGAUACCAUGGACCACAGACUGGAUCCUACCCGAGUUCAGAACAUUGUGUGCACUGGAAGACUGAAGUGGCAUCCUGAUCCAAAAGCCAUUCAUUGCAUUGCUUCCUGUGAGAAAAGGUCACAGUUUUUCAAGUUGAAGACAAGAUUGAAGAAAUGAUCAAAAAGUUGGAAUUGUGGCACCAUCACCUAUCACACUGAAACUAUGAGACAUUUCCAAACCACACAACUUUCCCUGGUUCCAUUGGUAAAGAAUUGUCUGAGGAGAACACAUCACAUCUCACGACAUUUGGAAGAUUUGCAGCAUACUUUCUGUGAAUAUUUUCCUGUUC